CACACACAUGUUGACCCACCUUUGGUGAGCCCUGCCACUUUCUGAGCCCAAUAAAUAAGCAAGCACCUUUGAACACCGCACAAUCUUAGCUGACCCCUCAACAUUGCGACACGCGGAUGCACACCCUUGCAGGGGCAUACUUGACUAGACUUGCGGAUGAUGACCUUUAGGUCGUCCGUAUUACCGAUACAUGGUCUACCGCCACUCUCGGUUGAUGCUGCCAAGAUGCCGCUUGAUCAUUCAUCGACUGGGCAGACGUGGCAGGGCGUCACAGACCCUAAGCUCCGUAGGCAGCUCCAAAACCGCGAGAAUCAGAGACUAAGCCGAAAAAGAAAAGCUGCACAGCGGGAAGCCACGAGACAGGCUCUCGCGGCCCGUCGCGCUAAGACCGCAGCAGGACCCAGACCAAUUCUGCCAAAGCCGACAGGAGUCCAGCCACACGAUACCGACCAGCCAAAACCCACGGCUCAGCAAAAUCCUGAGAUUCUCCGGGCGGGAGAAGGUGAAACUGCCGUGUGCCACCAUACACAUCAAGUGGAAAGUCAGCAGGUACUUCCCGCGCAAACAUCACCUCCGAGAGUGAUCAGUGCUUUCUUUGCAGCACACCCCGAUCUGAUGGAUGCUCAUACUCUUAGAGCCUUUCAUUACACCGUCACCGAACUGUUACCUUCUUCAGGUAUCCAAACGGCUGCCAGGGAGCCUCUUCAUGCCGCGCUUUAUCGUAGUGCGAUGUCAGAUCGGCUGACUUUCCUUUCCCUUGUAGCCGGAGGAGCAUCUCGUCUCCGGUUCCUCACGAAUUCCAUCGAGGAUAGCCGAGCCCGCUUCAAAGCUCAAAAUCAGAUCGCCCGCACAGUUCGUCAGCAACUCUCGGCCGGUAUCACCACAAUCUCUGACACUCUUGUAUUCUCCCUCGUAACCAUAUCUAUCGAUCAAAAUCCAUACCUCCUAUCAUUAGCACCGGAAGAUCGCUAUGCUGGCGACUUCGAAACCCCAGUCAAAUCUCUCGGAGGACUAAUCUGGCUCGGCCUGAUGAGCUAUGAGCCCAACCUUCAAACUAUGUGGAUGCAUCUUUUGAGGGCCAGGAAUCCCUCGCUGAGUAAUAAGGCGCCCGGACUUGCGGAUAGCUUACAGUCCAGCGAUAUGUUGAGAGCUAGCGCGCUGUUACAAAAGCCCGACAUGGAGAUGCAGGAAGCCUACUGCUUACAGGAAGAAAAAGCAGCUGCCGCCCGACCUGACGCGAGUGAGGCGGAUGCCUUCCAUGUUGAUGCACACUUCAAGAGUAUUCUCCUUGACAUUAAAGCGUGCUGCCGGCUUAUCGACGCCUUUUUUGGGCACGUCCAUCCCCUGUCCCCCGAAGCGAGCGAAUUCGUUCAAUUUCGGAACCUGAUCCUCUACCGGCUCUUGUCGCUGCCACCCGGGGUGUCAGAGAUUUGCCGUCUGACUGCGCUGGUCUUCAAUUAUGCUGUUCUGUACCCUUAUCCAGACCCGCGCAUCCUGUGGAAGCUGUGCCGCCAACUUGGCGCCAUUCUUUCUGAUCCGCAACAAACCACGAAUGAAGAUGCAGGCCUCCUGCUUUGGGCAGCUAUGAUUGGCGGCAUCGCGGCGGCUCGCACCGUCGCCUAUGACUCUUUCGUCAAUAGUGUCAACAAAUUCGCCGACCUGCUUGGGUUGGAGGACUGGCCCCAAACCGUGGCCCAUCUGGAAUCCUUCAUUUGGCAUGAGAGGGUUUGCGGGGCUGGUGGGAGGACUCUGUGGGCGCGGGCGCGGGCGUUGGCGUUGAGUAACAAAAGUUCCGGAUACCUCUACUUGACGUCUCGGCCCAAAGCCAUUAUCGAGGAAUGCUUCGAUUGAGGAAUCUGUUAACAGUGUCAAAAAAGAAGGUCAACAGACUUCAUCUGAUCCUGCAUGGCGUCAAUUGUACCCAUUCACAUAAACAUUCUGUCACAAUAUAUAAGCUACUAUUACUGCCCAC